UACCCCUUGCCCAGGCGGUGGUCCGGCUGCGGGCGCGUAGUCGGGGACUCGGCCCCGCUGUCUUCACCCCUUUCUGCGAGCGCAUCUCGGUGGGGGACAGGGAGACAAGGGGCGGCGAUCCAAGAUGGUGGCCCCGGCCGCCAUUGUGGGUCCCUGCUUUCCCACCCGAGGCCGCGGCGACCCGAGGCAGGCGGCGCUGCGCGGGGGGCGGGGCCGCUCCCGUCCCCUCCGGGCCCUUCCCGGCCCGCGGCGGCAGGAGAGGGAGCCCGCCUCGGGGCCCGCCGAGCUCCCUGACCCCGCUUGCCCACCCUCGUUUGGAGCGCUCCAGAUGGCCACCUUCGUGCGUGACCAUGGCGUCGCGUAUUUCUCGGGCCACUUGGCACGUCCUCUAAGCCCGAGUGGGCUGCACGCUUUCAGCUGUGACCCUGCUCCUUACUGUGACUUUAAGACCUCACUUUGUAGCGCUGGGCCGAGCCUUAGGGCCCCUGGCAGUGCCACGCACGCACCACCAUUUAACUGGAUACACUCUGGGUUUCUGUUUUAUUUUUUUGGGGGGGCGCACUGAGCCAUUCAUACCCCCGCACCUCCUGUGGAUGACAGCAGGCCUGCCUUCCCCCCCACCUUCCCGCUUCUGCUUCCCCGGUCCUGGGAUCCCAGGUGUUUCCGAGCAGCUCUUCUGUCAGAAACUAGUGUCUUUCCCCUUGCUGUUCCUCAACCCCCUCUCUUUCCCCUUGCUUUCUCACCGGCUCUGGGACCACUUACCCAAAGACCUCCCUUCUCCCCCGCCGGCCCAAUUAUGGCAGAGAAUGAUGUGGACAAUGAGCUCUUGGACUAUGAAGACGAUGAAGUGGAGACAGCCGCUGGGGGAGAUGGGACCGAAGCUCCCGCCAAGAAAGAUGUCAAGGGCUCCUACGUCUCCAUCCACAGCUCCGGCUUCCGAGACUUCCUGCUCAAGCCAGAGCUGCUCCGGGCCAUCGUUGACUGUGGCUUUGAGCAUCCAUCCGAGGUCCAGCAUGAGUGCAUCCCGCAGGCCAUUCUGGGGAUGGAUGUCCUGUGCCAGGCCAAGUCAGGCAUGGGAAAGACAGCAGUGUUUGUCUUGGCCACGCUGCAGCAGCUGGAGCCUAUCACUGGGCAGGUGUCUGUGCUGGUAAUGUGCCACACUAGGGAGCUGGCUUUUCAGAUCAGCAAGGAAUAUGAGCGCUUCUCCAAGUACAUGCCGAAUGUCAAGGUGGCAGUGUUUUUUGGUGGUCUGUCUAUCAAGAAGGAUGAAGAGGUGCUGAAGAAGAACUGCCCUCACAUUGUUGUGGGGACCCCUGGCCGAAUUCUAGCCCUGGCUCGAAAUAAGAGCCUGAACCUCAAGCACAUUAAACACUUUAUCUUGGACGAAUGUGACAAGAUGCUUGAACAGCUCGACAUGCGUCGGGAUGUCCAGGAAAUUUUUCGCAUGACCCCCCAUGAGAAGCAGGUCAUGAUGUUCAGUGCUACCUUGAGCAAAGAGAUCCGGCCAGUCUGCCGCAAGUUCAUGCAAGAUCCUAUGGAGAUCUUCGUGGAUGACGAGACCAAGUUGACGCUGCACGGGUUGCAGCAAUACUACGUGAAACUGAAGGACAACGAGAAGAACCGGAAGCUCUUUGACCUUCUCGAUGUCCUCGAGUUCAACCAGGUGGUGAUCUUUGUGAAGUCUGUGCAGAGGUGCAUCGCCCUGGCCCAGCUUCUGGUGGAGCAGAACUUCCCAGCCAUUGCCAUCCACCGUGGGAUGCCCCAGGAGGAGAGGCUGUCUCGGUAUCAGCAGUUCAAGGAUUUCCAGAGGCGGAUUCUUGUGGCUACCAACCUGUUUGGCCGAGGCAUGGACAUUGAGCGUGUGAACAUCGCCUUCAACUAUGACAUGCCAGAGGACUCGGACACCUACCUGCACCGGGUGGCCAGAGCAGGCCGGUUUGGCACCAAGGGCUUGGCCAUCACAUUUGUGUCGGAUGAGAACGAUGCUAAGAUCCUCAAUGACGUGCAGGACCGCUUCGAGGUCAACAUCAGUGAGCUGCCUGAUGAGAUCGACAUCUCCUCCUACAUUGAACAGACGCGGUAGAGGAGUCACCCACUCUGGACUGUGGCCCUGUGUCCAGUCAGAAGAGGACACCAGGGAUCAGGGUGGAGACACCACUGGCCCCGCCCCCGCCAGCCCUCACCCUAUCCUGUCCACGCUUCCCUCUGCGACAUCACCACUCCUAACCCUCUUCCUGAUUUAUCAGAGUUGUUUGUUUGUUUGUUUUUUUAACAAAACGAAGAAAGAAACAACUGUG